UCAGUGCCCACACGCUCCAUGCAUAGUGACGGAGACUCGAGUCGACUCCCUGCACAUCCUGGACGUCCUGCACACCGGCACCGUGCCUGACUGCUCGACGAGGGCCGAGGAGGGCGAGGGCCCACGGCAGGGACAUCCCCGACAAAUGAGGUAGCCGGAGCACGAUGGCUACGGAGAGGACACCACUGCGCACGGGCGGCCCCGCGGCCGGCCCCGGCGCCUACGACCAGGCCCCGACCUAUGUCUUCAUGAGCAGUCCGGGCCGCGCGCACCGCAACAAGAUACGCCAGUUCCAGUGCUGCGUCUGCGCCGCCAUCCUGGGUGUGUUCGUGAUGGCGCUGGUCAUCACCAUCUCGUACUCGGUGGAGCACGACGACGCGGACGAAGUCAACGCCACCACCACGAUGCCGCCCAUCCCGGUCAACGACACGCUGCAGCUGCUGCUGCGGAGCUCGUGGCCCAGGCCAGACGCUGCCUCGCCGGCCUGGCCUGAACCAGCGCCCGACGACGCGGCGAUGCAGCGCGCCGUGCAGGCGGGCCGCGCGGAGCUGGCCACCCGCACCGCGCUCGAGGCCAAGAUGACCCCCAUGAAGAAGGACACGCCGGCGUACCGCGCCAACCAGGCGGUGCACACUCGCCGCGAGGCCACCGCGCUGGCGCAGCGCGCCUUGCUGGAGGAGAAGGCCACCAAGCAGCUCCUCAAGGCGUCCGGCCGGAAGCUCUCGCAGCAGUCCGGGGCGGGUCGCGGCCCUCGGCUGCGCCUCGCGGCGGCCGACAGCGCGGAGGCGGCGGCGUGCGCGGAGGAAGACAAGCCCCUGCCGUGCCCGGCCUCGGCGUACCGCAGCGCGGACGGCUCGUGCAACAACGUGCAGCACCCGCGCUCCUGGGGCGUGGCCAUGCGCCCCUUCCGGCGCGUCAUGCCGCCCGCCUACGUGGACGGCGUGUCCGAGCCGCGCGGCCUGGCGCAGGGGCUGCCGUCCGCCAGGGAGGUCUCCCUCGGGGUGCACCGCCCGCUGUACCGCAACGACCCCGACUUCACCGUCAUGCUGGCCGUGUGGGGACAGUUCAUCGACCACGACAUCACCAACACCGCCCUGUCGCAGGCCGCCGACGGCACCGCCAUCUCCUGCUGCGACCAGGCGGCCGCCGACGAGCACCCCGAGUGCUUCCCGGUGCGCCUGGCGCCCGGAGACCCGUACUACCACAAGUACAACGUGACUUGCAUGGAGUUCGUGCGCUCUGCCCCCGCGCCCACCUGCUCCCUGGGCCAGCGCGAGCAACUCAACCAGGCGUCGUCCUUCCUGGACGCGUCGGUGGUGUACGGGCCGACCCCCGAGCUGAUGCGCUCCUUGAGGGAGGAGCCGUCCACGGAGGCCGCUGCUGAGGACGGCGACGACAAAGGCAAACGAGCCGUCCUGGGGCGCCUCAAGAUGACCAUGAGUCCGGACGGCAGGGAGCUGCUCCCCGUCAGCGAGGACCCCGACGACGGCUGCAACCGGCAGGAGAUGAACGACCGAGGCCGCUACUGCUUCAAGUCCGGCGACGGCCGCGCCAACGAGAACCUGCACUUGACGACGAUGCACCUGCUACUGGCGCGGCAGCACAACCGCGUGGCCAGCAUGCUGCAGAACUUGAACCCGCAGUGGAACGACGAGCGCGUCUUCCAGGAGUCGCGGCGCAUCGUGGCGGCCCAGAUGCAGCACGUCACCUACAACGAGUUCCUGCCCGUCAUCCUCGGCCCCCGCAUGAUGGAGAAGAUGGACCUGCAGCCCAAGGCGGCGGGCUACGACUCGUCCUACGACCCCGAGGUGGACCCCACCAUCUGCAACUCGUUCGCCGCCUCCUCGUUCCGGUUCGCGCACACGCUGCUGCCCGGCCUGCUGAAGCUCAUCGGCAACGACACCUCCAGCACGGAGUACAUGGAGCUGCACCAGAUGCUGUUCGACCCCUACAGCUUGUACUCGCGUGAGGGCGCCGACCGCGCGCUGCGGGGCGCCAUGGACACGAGCGUGGAGCGCGCGGACAACUACUUCAACCCGGAGCUGACGCAGAAGCUCUUCGCGCCGCGGUCCAUCGGGAGGGGUUCUUCAGGGCAGCCAGCCUGCGGCCUGGACUUGGUGUCCUUGAACGUGCAGCGCGGCCGCGACCACGGCCUGCAGCCCUACCCGGCCUGGCGCGAGCACUGCGGCUUCCCGAAGCCCACGUCCUGGGACGACCUCGACGGCGUGGUGGACGAGGACUCGCUCAAGCGCAUGAAGGAGAUCUACAAGUCUGUGGACGACGUGGACGUGUACACGGGCGUGCUGUCUGAGUACCCCGUCGAGGACGGCCUCCUGGGAGGCACUCUCACCUGCCUCCUGGGCGACCAGUUCGUCCGCCUCAAGAGGGGCGACCGAUUCUGGUACGAGACGGACCAGCAGCCGCAAGCUUUUACCCCAGCACAACUGGCGGAAAUCCGCAAAACGUCUCUGGCCGGUGUCAUCUGCGGCACGUCCGACGGGGUGCACUCGGCGCAGCCCCUGGUCAUGCGGCGCGUCCGGGCCGACUCCAACAAGCGCGUGCCCUGCGCCCAGCUGCCGCGCACCAACCUGCGCGCCUGGGUGGAGCGCGACGGCCGCUACGUGUACCGCCGCGCCGACGCCCUGCAGGCCACGGGCCACGCGCCCAAGGACCAGGACAACGUGCCCGACGAGCUGGUGCUGGUGGGGGCCAGCCCCGACAACGCCGGCCUCACCGCCACCACGGCGCGCGCGGUGCGCGUCGGCGGCCGCGUCACCUCCGGCUCCGUCGUCACGGCCUCGGGGACGUCCCUGUGGUCGGGCUCCCUGCCGACCGCCAUCCCGGUGCCCGCCCUGGGCGCCAAUGCCUUCCUGGCUGGCGGCGUGCAGUGGCAGGGCUCGCUCGUGUCCACGGGCGACACUGCCUCUCUCCGCGGCUCCUUCUCCGUGGACUCGUACUCGGCGCAGCCCGGCGGCCCGCCCCAGGAGGCCGAGAGCAUCGCUGGGACGUUCUCCGUGCAGAUGGACGUGCUGUGGGACUCGUCCAGCGACGGCGUCAUCGACCUCUCCGGCUCCUUCCAGAGCCCCAUCUUCCUGCGCGCGGAGGACGGCCGCGGCGACGCGCCGCUGGUCAACGCCAAGGGUGGCUCCGGCCCGAUGGCACCCGUCAUCCUGCACGGCAGCCACGCCGCCGACGGCAGAUUCCUGUGGAACGGCAACGUGACCCUGGUGCUGCCCACCAUGGCAGAAGAGGAGCCCGUCGACGACGCGCCGCCGCCACUGAUGACGGCGUCGGCCUACAGCGUCGGGGCGCCGUCCAAGAACGCCCGCCUCGUCGUGGAGGUGCAGUCCGGCACCGUGACGGCACAACCCGCCGACGGGGGCGCAGAGGUGACCUGGUGGGACGGCGAUCUCCCCGCCAGCAUCCCCACGUCCUUGUUUGAUGCGAAGGACUCCGCGGCAUCGGGGGCCACCACAGACCCCGCAGACCUUGCCAAGCCCGCCGCACGGGUUGACGGCGUGCUCUGGACCGCCAAGGUGGCCGCGUCCUCAGCCACAACCGCGCAGGUGUCCGGCACCUUCAAGGCGCCGCGCUUCGUCCACGGCAUCUACUCCGGCGCGGGCGUGAAGGUGCAGUGGUGGUCGGGUAGCUUCGCGCUCAACGUGCGCCUGCUGGUGCAGCCCGACGAUGGCCUCGGCCUGGACUCGCUGCUCGUCUCUGGCCAGCACUUCACGUCUCGGCUGGUGUUCGAGGCGGACACGCCCUCCGCCCUGGACCCCUCGCCAGAACCCCGCGGCCCCCUCGCCCUGUUGGCCGCCGCGCAGGAGGUGGUCGACGGCGCGGCCCCCGCCCCCAUCAUCCUGAAGGGCGCCUUCUCCGCGGACCGCGCCUCCUUCUCCUGGUCUGGCAAAGCCAUCCUCGUGCUGCCGCGCCCCGCCGCCAUGCCCUCCGUGCAGCUGCUGGGGACCCCGAAGAAGACGGCGGUCUUCGCCGCGCCGCUGCGCGCGCCAUCCGCAGGGGAGGUGAAGCUGGCCGCCACCGUCAAGUCGGGCAAGGUGACCGCGGCGCGCGACGGCGCGUCCAGCGAGAGCACUCUUUGGUCCGGGGCCUUCCCGGCCGCAAUCCCUCUGCCCUUGUUCGACGCCGGCGCCGACGGCACCGCGACGACCCCCUCGGCGGGCGUCGACGGCGAAGCCCCUCUCUACGCUCACGGUGUCGUGUGGCAGGGCACACUCUCCCCGUCGGGGGCGACGUUCAGUCUUAAGGGCACCUUUAAGGCACCAAGGUACCUGCACGCUCCAGACAACACGACCUUCGCGAUGGAGUGGUGGAAGGGAAGCUUCUCGUUCGAGCUCGAGCCGCAGUGGAUGUCAGUGGCCUCUCUGGACGGCGUAGUCAGUUCGACGGCCACCUACUCAUCCCCGGUGUACUUCAAAGCCUUGCGCGAGGCUUCAGUCUCUGGCACUGCUUCUGCCUCUGGAACGCAGCGCGCCCCGCUAGCCGCCUUCGUUGCUGCCAGCCUUGAGGAGAGCGAGGGUGCACUCCGCGCCCCUGUCAUACUGCAAGGCACCUACUCCGCGGACAGGACCACCUUCUACUGGACGGGAGCCGUGGUCCUUGCCCUGCCGCGACCGGACGGCGGGCUCGUCGCGGAACAGCCGCUGCUGCAAGCGAAGCCUGGCAAGCCCGGCAAGCCCAGCAAGGCCGUCAAGAAGGACGACGCAAAGCCGUCCAAACCGUCCAAGCCGGUGAAACCCCCGUCGCUUCGCUUGGCCUCCAUGGUGCUCGGUGGUUCCGUCAACGGCACUUACGACAACUCCACCACCGUCUCUGAGCUGUGGACUGGCACUGUCCCCAUGUGGCUCCCCAGCCCGCUGUUCGGGGUGGCAUCCUGGGACCUGGACCAGACCGUCAAGUGGUCGGGCACGCUGACGACACUGGACAAGACUGGGAAACUGCUGCAGCUGGAUGGUACCUUCGAAGCUCCCUACUUCGAGCAGGGCACCGACGGCAUGGUGGAGCACAAGUGGAAGGGCGAGUUCUCGUUGCAACUCCGAAACCUGUACACCUCCGUCACCCAGCCGCAGCUCCUGAAGCCCAACAAGGUCAUGAAGUCGCGCAUCGUGUUCGCCAUGGCGAAAUCGGCGUCCGGCGACUCAGCGAUGCCUCAGCUUACGCUCCAGUCCGAGACGGGCGAGAACCAGGCCGUCAUCGUGCUGCAGGGACAGUACUGGUUCUGGUCCAAGAGCUGGUUCUGGUGGAACGGCAUGGCGUCCGUCAGCCUGCCCGUGGACAAUGACGUCACGGAGGACCCGAACCAGUACGUCAAGCCCGAGUACAACAAGCUCAAGGCGGCGCCAGGCGCCUCUGGCACCAACCUGGCUGCCCCCAAGUCCAUGGCCGUCACCGUGGCCGCCAAGCCCCCGCCGGCGGUCCGCCGUAUCGGCAUCCGUGUUACGUCGGGCAACAUGUACGCGUACCCGGAGGGGGCGUGGUUCUGGCGCACCUGGUGGACGGGCUCGCUGCCCGCCUCCAUCCCCGUGCCGGUCUUCGACUCCUACAAGUCCGAGUACGCGCCCUACCCCACGGGGCCGCUGUUCCACGCGUGCGGCGUGGACUGGACGGGCAAGAUCACGGCCACGUCGCCCACCACGGUCAAGAUCGAGGGCAAGUUCAGCAUGCCGAACUACCAGCACGGCCCGGGCGGCGUUGUCAUCACGUGGUACUACGGCACGUUCCUGUUCGAGGGGAACCUGCUCUGGAGCACGAACCUCAACGGCCUGGACGCGCUGGACGGCACCUCCUUCUCCUCGCACCUGUACUUCAAGUCGGAGAAGGUGGUGCCCAUGUCCAAGUACCCCGUGCAGAGCUCGGCCUCCUCGCUGCAGCAGUUCGUGGCGGACAGCGCGGCCAUCGCGUCCGGCGCCGUGCGCGUCCCCGUGGUGCUGGACGGCAGCUACUCCGCGGACAGGAAGACGUUCCUGUGGUCGGGCGACGCGGUCCUCACAGUGCCCGACCCACAGCCGCCUCUUCUGCAGGCCAAGGCCGGCAAGGCCAUCAAGAAGGACGACGGCGCGCCGACCAAGCCGUCCAAGCCGGUGAAGCCCCCGAAGCUACGCAUCGCCGCCAUGGUGCUUGGCGGCUCCGUCAACGCCACUUACGACAACUCAACCGCCACCGAGCUGUGGUCCGGUGCGGUCCCCAUGUGGUUACCUAACCCACUGUUCGGGAUCUCGUCCUUCGACCUCGAUCAGACUAUCAAGUGGUCGGGCUCGCUCACAGUGCUGGACAAGACCGGCAAGAUGCUGCAGCUGGACGGUAAAUUCGAGGCACCGUACUUCGAGCAGGGUGUGGAUGGCAUUGUCGAACACAAGUGGAAAGGCACGUUCUCACUGCAGCUCCGAAACCUGUACACUUCGGUCACCGAGCCGCAGCUCUUGAAGCCCAACACCGUCAUGAAGUCACGCGUUGUGUUUGCCAUGCCGAAGGCGGCGCCUGGUGAACCCGCCACGCCGCAGCUCAUGGUGCAGUCCGAGACGGGCGACAACCUGGCCGUCAUCGUGCUGCAAGGACAGUACUGGUUCUGGUCCAAGAGCUGGUACUGGUGGAACGGUGUCGCUUCCGUCGCCCUGCCUCUGGACGACGACGUCACGGAGGACUCGAACCAGUACGUCAAGCCCGAGUACAACAAGCUGCAGGCGGCGCCAGGCGCCUCGGGCAAAAAGGCCGCCCCGGCCUCCAAACUGGCCGUGGCCGUCGUGGAGGGCUUGAUCACCGCGGGCAAGGAAGACGACCCCUCGACGACCGCGACCUGGUGGUCCGGCGAGCUGCCCGCCACCAUCCCGGCGAUGCCCUUCGACGGCGACGCCUCGGACGCCUCCUCGCCGUUCAACCGGUCCGCGGUGACGCCCGGCGGCGUGGCUCGCGGCGUGUCCUGGACCGGCGCGCUGCGCCCACUGCCCGGCGAGGACGACGCCAUGCUCGAGGGCAGCUUCCGCUUCCCCAGGUUCCUGCAUCCGUCCGCCGCCGGCAGCAGCUUCGCGCUGGAGUGGUGGACGGGGCAGUUCUCGCUGCGCCUGCGCGCGCUGGCCGGGACUUCCCUGUCUGGCGUGCUCGCCAAGACGGCCACCUACUCGUCCCCGCUCGUCUUCAAGGCCAUGUCCCCCGAUGACAGCAUCACGUCGCUGCUGCAGCAGCCCGCCGUGGACGUUGGCGUCAGCUUCGUGAUGGCGAGCGACGCCAAGGCCGCGGGCGCCGCCAAGCUGCCCAUCCUGCUGCAGGGCAGCUACUCUCCGGACGGCGGCUCCUUCCUGUGGACGGGCAACGCCAUCCUGCAGGUGCCUGCGUCUGCCGCCAAGCAGAUGCGCCCUCUCAAGCUAACGGCCUCCGCUACUAAGGUGACCGCCUCGAAGUCGUCCUCCGCGGUGUCGAAGAUCGGCGCCGUGGUCACUUCCGGGACGGUGUCCGUCGGCAAGGCGGGAGAGGCCGCCGCCACCGUGUGGUCCGGGACCUUCCCCGCCAGCCUGCCCGCCGGGGCUGCGGGCCCCGCCAGCGUUCUGUGGUCAGGGUCGCUUCAGCAGCAGAGCGACGCGCUUACCGCCGCCACCUUGACGGGCACCUUCUCCACCGCGCUGCCCGAGGACAGCGGUAACGGCACGAUGGCGUGGUGGAGCGGCGACUUCAGCCUGCAGCUCCAGCUGCUCUGGAACGUGUCUCUGGCGGGCUGCAUCAGGCCGGGCGUCAAGUACGUCACGCCGCUGUACUACCGAGGCGCGGCCCAACAGUUGCAGCAGGGCCAGCAGGUCGCCGCGCUCAGCCAGGAGCUGGCCUCCGCCGGCGAGAAGGUCCUCGCGUUCCUGGACGGGUCGUACAACGCGGACAAGACGGCAUUCAUGUGGUCGGGCAAGGUGUUCCUGACGUUGCCCAAGUCCUGCGGCAAGCCAGGACUCGCCCCGCUCAACUUGAAGGCAUCAGGCGACUCGACCGCUGCCGCCGCUGCCGCUGCGGGCCGCCGCAUCACCCUUGGCGGCGUCGUGACGUCCGGCUGGGUGACGCCCAGCUUGUGGGGCGGCGCGCUCCCCGCGGCCAUCCCGGUCGCCGCCAUCCGCAGCGUCCGCCCGCUCACUUGGAGCGGCACGCUCUCGCGGGGUGCGGCCGGCACCGUCACCAUCAAGGGGUCCUUCUCGGCGCCGCAGUACCACCACGACGCCGGCACCUUCUCCGUCGACUGGGUCACCGGCGACUUCUCCUUCUCGGCGCGCCUGCUGUGGGACUCUGGUGCCGCGCUGGACGCCGCCCUCACCGCCUCCGCCAACUACACCAGCCCCAUCUACCUGCAGAACUCGGAUUCGCUCCGCGCGCUGGAGGACGUCCAGGACCGCGUGCCCGCCGUGUGGGACCGCAUGGUGGACAAGGUGACCGGGCCCGUGGCCCCGGCCGCCAACAAGGUGCCCGUCGUGCUGCAGGGAGAGUUCGCCGCCGACGGCGCCACCUUCUGGUGGUCCGGCGGCGUCCUCAUCUCGCUGCCCGCCGCGGCGUAGCAUGCCGAACACGGGUGCACGUUGGGUUGCCUAAUCCUCCCGUGGCAGGCGGUCCGCGCCGCCGGCAGAACUUUGUCCGUAGUUUGAACAUCUCUCCAAUGUCUCAGCUGAAGGAGAAACUUGCUCUCCUCCAUCACCUUGCCUUUAGCUAGUGUCAUAGGACGAAUUGUGUUGCUAAGGCACUGCAAGAAAAGUUUGUUCAAGAAAUAGGAGUAGAAGUGAAUUAUGUGAUAUUAAGAAUGGCCUUUAUACUCUUGCAGUGCGUCUGCAAUCGAGAUAUCGUUCAUUCUACUUACAAUUCUGUGCCAUAAUGUGGUAGUCAUUCAAGUUGGAGACUUGUUCUCUGGUUUUAUCUAACGGGAGCUUCACUGACGUGUGAUUAACGUAGUUUUCCCAUUAGUUUAGAUGCCUAACUAUCACUAUGGAAGUUAGUUUAACUCAGAUAAUGUAAAGCAAUCCUAACAUAAAUUAUUUUCUAUGCCAAGUGAUAUAAAUGUAGCACCCAUUGCGUAUUGUGUUCAUAUUUGCAACUUAAUACUCUUAAAAGAUGGAAUGUAAUUUAUUUGUUGUCACAAUAAUUUUGAUGGAUGGUAUACGACGUUUUGUAUUCAGGAUAAUAUUGGUAAGGAAAUAUUGGCCGUCUGUACUGUAAAACUGUACGUUGAUAUGAUAAUAAAAUAGGAAGAUGUGUCAAUGUU